AUGAACCCAGGCGGCCGGGACGAUUCCGAGCCCCAAGGUCGCGCACAAAUCCCCAAGACGAGGCUACCCGCAUUGCCGCGUCGACACAACUCGCUGAGGAUUUUGGCAUGCUUCCCCCACGUCAAAUCAGGCCAACCUAUGUCCCUCUGCCAGCAGCCAACGAUGACCAGCGUUGGAUGGAUGUUGAUCAAAAUCGUCCCGAAAAUCAAGACGCCUACCGACCUGCCAUUUUGCAUGCUAGAUAUCAUCGCCUUCAACGAUAUGCCGCCAUACGACAACAGCGAAGCGACGAAUGGCUGCAGCUUGUCAACCAAGCAACAGCAACAUACCUCUUCUGUCAGCAGUCGAGCCGCAACUGGACGUCUGUUAAGUUUCCCGCCGAAUGUGUUCCCUACGAUUGUACCUGCCCACCCGGUGGUAUACAUCAUCGAUCAGUGGACCUGA